UUCUUCUUCCUUGGUAUACAUACAAAACGAGGAGGGUGAGGGAGUACCGUCCGCAGCCUGGCCGUCAGCACUGUUACUUUUAGUUUUACUCUUUAUUGUUGGUUGCAUGAGUCUUGAUUGCAGAAAAAGUUGGUUGCAUAUUGUAUAGCUUAUACUUUAUACAGUAUGCUUUUAAUACACAGUAACAGAAACACAUGUUACAAAUGUGAAAUAGUACUUAUAGGCUUCUAUAAUCUUAAGAAGAAAUUUGAAUUUACGAGGCUUGAUUUGGGGAUCUCUCAGCUACUCAACUUCUUAUAUAAUACCGUGAAUGAAUUAUCCACGGCCACUACGUCGGAGCCUGCAUAGACACGUACUACUACGCUUGGCCAAGCGUAUCUACUACUAGUCAUACAGUCCAAGCUAGCUGAUGCAUUGGCAUUGCUGUGUAACACAAACUUUGAAAUCAACUGCUUACGCAAAGAACAGAUCAAGCCAGACUUAAAUGCCAAGUACUCACAUCUAUGCAAACCUGCCACACCUUGAGUCAGUACUUAUUUGGCGAUGACUUAACAAAAAGAGUCAAAGAUCUUACAGGACAACAAAAAGCUGCAUCUGGCAUGGUGCGUGGACAACGUACACCCCGUCCCCAGUACCAUCCGUACAGGACGCAAGCGUCCAGCAUUUUUCAAUACCGCAGACAAGGAUGGAAGCGUGCCACCGGCACAUCACAAACUUUUCCAAGUAGCAGGCCCGCAAAUGGGAACUACGACAGGCCUUUUUUAGGCCAGCGAACCCAACGAGGCAGACCAUACAUAGCUCCGCCUCACACCCAGACAAUGAGCAUGGGGAAACAGACCCAAUCCUUCCAGCGGCCACAGGCAGCAAGGAGGAAAUAGCUACACCAUUACCCAAAGAGGUUAUGCGGCAACACUUUGAGAAUUGGGGACUUAGCAGAAAAAAAGUGGAUAUCAUUACAGCUUCAUGGAGAGCAUCAACCUGCAAGCAGUACCAAGUGUACAUCACACAGUGGCGAAGAUUUUGCCACAGCAGGAAUACGAGUUACCUCCAAGCCGAGGUGGAAACGGUAUUAGAAUUCCUUAGUAGUUUAUUCCAUGACAGGAACAUUAGCUACAGUGCGAUCAAUACAGCUCGUAGCGCUUUAUCCACAGACAAUUCUCAAGGAAGUACGCUUCACGAUUUUCUGAUAGAUUAGUCAUGGCAGGAAAGGAAAAGAGGGACACUUUUGAGGAUGACGAGGCUGAAGACUUGAUGGACUGUACAUCUCAAGAAAGACCGGCGGCCAUGACAGAGCCUAUCAUCAAAGAAUCAGAAUGUGGACGGGAUCGGGCACGUCGGCGUUGGGUUACCGUUGAGUUCAUUGUGAUCCUCGUUGCGGCUAGCUAUGGGGGUAUGGCCACACUCUCAGGACAGUACAUCAGACAGCGUGUAAGCUUAGAUCUCUAUGGCAACACAACGCAAUCGAACGGUUCACAAUGUAAUCAAGGCAAUGCUACUAUGGAAAUAGAAGAGGAAAUACAGAAGAUCACAUCAAAGUGGACUCUUUAUCUUUGUACUUGUGCUGCACUUCCAAGUAUCUUCUCUACUUUGAUCAUCGGUUCGCUCAGUGAGCGGUACGGUAGAAGAAUGCCUAUCCUCUUACCGUGUAUAGGAUUCCUAGGUCAGUGUGUUGGGCAGCUCUGUGUUGUUUAUCUCUGUCUUCCUCUGAGUUACCUACUGUUUGUGAAUGUGUUCUGUGGUCUUUGCGGAGGCAUGUCUUUGUUUAUGGCUGGGUGCUUUGCGUACAUCACUGAUAUCACGACGGAGAAACAACGGAUGGUGAGAAUCGUCAUCGUGGAGAUUCUCGCAUUUGCUGGUAUAGGAGCAAUGCAGAUCGGCUUGGGAUACAUGAUCAAGUCACUUGGUUUUGGGCUAAGCCUUUGGAUGCCAUUCACUGCCAUGGUCCUGAGUCUUAUUAACGCUGGAAUACCAUGGCUCCUCAUAGAAACUAUUGUUCCCAAGUCAAAAGAAGAGCGGAGAGAUUUGGCUGAAGUUCUCAGAGACAUCAUUAAUCUAUUUCGUGUAAAAACAGAUAAUCGCCUGUACCUCCUGCUGAGCAUGUUUGCUAUGACUCUUCUAGUUGGUAUCGUGAUCCAAGGUGGGAUUCCGAUCACCAUGCUCUAUGGACAAGGACAACCCUUUUGCUGGGACUCAGUAACUAUUGGAUUCUAUAUUACUACUUCACUAGCUAUACCAGGCAUUGGUACAGUAAGUGGAGCCGGCAUCUUCCAAUGGUGCAAACUUGGCUACCUGUGGAUAAUACAGAUCUCUAUCUUGAGUUGUCUAGCUAAUACUCUAGCGUUAGCAUUCACCUACGUCAUUCAAUCGACUAUUUUCAUCUUUGCAAGUUCUUUUCUAGGAUUGUUCAGGCUCCUUGGGGUUCCUGUCAUACGUACAUUCCUCUCAGCAGUCGUGCAGGAACAUGAACAUGGAGCAUUGUUUGCUUUGCUUGGUGUAUUGGAUGGUCUGUGUAGCUUUCUUGCCUUACCAAUCGUGAAUGGAGUAUACUACAGUACUAUCGAUGUAUUAUCAACUGCAGUCUUCUUCUUCAUGUCUGCUUUAUUAUUCAUCUCUAUUAUCAUUACAGGUGCCCUACAAUGCAGGGGAUUUGGAAGAGAAAAUAGAAAUCGCCCUCUAUCAGUCCAUGCAGACAUUAAUGAUGAAACGGGGCUUCUACCACCAGAGAAUGAUCAGUAGAUGGAGCAUUUAUUCCCUCUGCAUUUUCAAAUUUGAAAUGAUUUGUCAAUUAUGUGGUUUUUGUAUUUAAUGGAUUGUUCUAUGAUAUGAUAAUGUUUUGUUAAUUUUUUUAACUAAUAUAUAGUUAUUAGUUUGUAUAUUACUUAUUAUAAUGAAGAAUGCGGGAAUAAAAUAAAACAAACAAAAACGGAAAAA